AUGGCUUCACUCGUCGAAAUCGACUCGCUUGAAAUCUUAGUCAUCGUCGACAACGAAGUCGAUCCAAUAUCCUCAUACCAGCACCCAGAAUUGAAGGUCUCGGGACAACUGGCAGAUGUUGCUAUGAGAGCCCCGAUUCAGGAUGGAACUAGGGGAGGUUCAAAUUUCGAGAUCCGCAUGGACAAUAUCUGCUGCGGGGCCCAUGGCUUGUCAUUAAUGAUUACUGCCGUCAAAGGGGACAAGCGGCGUACGGUCCUGUUUGAUACAGCCCCAGAAGAGCACAUCUGGGAACUCAAUGCGAAGAGGUUGAGAGCAAAUCUCCGCUCGGUCGAUAGGAUACAUUUGUCUCACUGGCACCGUGACCACUCCGGAGGCAUUUUGAAAGCAAUUUCCAUGAUAAAUGAUGCAAAAGGCAGCCGCGGCAUUCCGGUGGACCUCCAUCCAGAUCGACCAACAUAUCGAGGCUUCUUGGGCCCGGCUGGUCCAGUCUCGCUGGAGAGGGAUCCCACGUUCGCAGAAAUCGAGUCUGCUGGAGCUACGAUCGAACAGAAUAAUCAACCGCACACGAUCCUCGAAGAUAUGUUCCUUGUCUCCGGGGAGAUUCCUCGAGUGACCUCGUAUGAAAAAGGCUUUCAGCGUGGCAUGAGGUUCAAUUCAGAGAGCUCUCGUUGGGAAAGCGACGAGCUGAUUUUGGAUGAACGGUUCCUGAUGUGUAAUGUGAAAGGAAAGGGAAUUGUGGUUUUCACUGGGUGUAGCCACGCAGGAGUGGUGAAUGUUGCCAAAAAUGCUGUGCAGCUGGCUGGCGGUGCCCUUCCACUAUUCGCCGUCGUUGGUGGAUAUCAUCUUGUCGGACCAAACGAAGCAUACAUCAAGGACACAGUGGCAGACUUGAAGGCUUUGAACCCUAGCGUCCUGAUGCCGGGACACUGCUCCGGGUGGAGAGUCAAGUAUGAAAUAGAAAGGGUAAUGCCUGGGAGGCUAGCCCCGUCGACCGUCGGCACGCAGUUCGUGUUGUAG